AUGAGCACUGCGCACACAUGCUUUCGCAGCGCCCUCACACAGGCAUUCCGGACAAACUCCCGUGGCGUCGCUGUGUCGUCUUCGGUGGCCGCCUUCCUCGUUCCGACCCUCGCCAGACGUCCCAAACGCUCCUUUGCAACUGGACAAUGCCGUUCAAGCCAUGCGCAGCCGUCGGUUGAUCUCACCAAUCCAAAUUCCGGGGACGGAAAUGCUUCGCCCAGUCCGCCAAAUCCCCACGGGCAUAGCACGGCGCGACAAUUCGUCCCACCGCAAAAGGCUCGGGGCGAUGUAAAGGCAUGGCUUGCUGCCAUUGAGUCGUUUCUCCCAAGCCACCUGCGGCAGGAGCCGUCGAGUGAUGCCGAGAUUCCCAUAAACUCGCUCAAGCUUGCUCAUGUUCUCAACAAAGCCCAGGCUUCGUCGAUAGAUAUCCUCAGCCAUCUUGGGCUCGUCGAGGGGCGAUGGCAGGCUGUGGUUUGGAUGGUCAAGAAACUUACCGAGGACGAACAACACUCCAUCAACGCGGCGGUUCAGAGUGAACAGUAUGCAAAUGUCAUGUGGCGGGGGAAGGAGAAUCGGAGUAUGAAGGACCUGACGGAGAGCCCUCUUUUCCUCCAGCGGAACCUUCCCCUACGGAAACCAAAGCUCACGCUGGACGCGACAACAUCAACCCCGGACUCGAUCAGAUACGAGAAUGUCAAAAUCAAAAGAGCCUUGGGACAGCUGUGGAGGAGCUUGGGACAUAUGAUAUUGGCAGCCGCAGAGCAAGACAAUGCUGGGCAGGAUGCCAUCAUGCAGCAUGUCUUGCAGGUGAUUGCAUAUUUGCAUCACAAGGGAUUCAUUCCCGACUCGGUCUAUACAUAUCGCCCCCACGAAGACAAGCAUGCGUUGCAGCAGCCUCCUACUAUCCAUAUGCUAUCGUCGCAAAUUCUGACGGCGCUCUCGGAUGCGACAUGGAAGGCGCACGAGGCUUCUGUCAAGACGGCAAAAGAACGGGCCAACGCGCAGUACUUGUUUGGGCACGAAAUACCUGGAUCGCGCUACAAGGCACACAUCACGGAAGUGGCGCCAGAGCUGUGGCUGGAGCUUGUGCUAUGGUCAUGUCUACACGGGGGCUGGGUGCUGGAUGGGGCUGCGAUACUGCAGCAACUCGCAGACAAGCAAGGAGAGCACAGCUGGGCACUGAUUAGCUGGCGAGAGAUUAUGGAAAAGGAACGACAGAGCGCACCAGCGCCGUCGAGAUCGUGGAGCCUUCUCCCGAUGAACGAGAAUGCAUCUGCAAGGGCCGAAGACCGGGCACGAACACGCAAGACCAUCAGCGGCGAGGUGGUUACGGUGUUUGUGGAUGGACUGGUCAACCAGAUGCGACUGGGAGUGGGAUAUCGAGGAGCGGAUCCCGAACAGCUGGUUGCCUCGAUCAAACGACUAAAGGAGCUUCUCGACGCAAACAACCUGAGCCUUGGAUCGAUGGCGUGGGACUCGAUCAUGGCGCGGCUGGUCGAGUCUGGGGGCUUUGUGCCGGAGAAGCGGCCUGAGAUGCUGCUGCACAUCUUUCAGCUUGCUCCGGGCUUCGGAGCUGAAGUGGGCACAGCCAAUGCGCCUAAUGCGACAAGUACCGAAAUUCCCUACUUUUUCGAGCCGACGACGCUGCCGCUGAGCUUGCUGCACCGGACGAUGCGAGCAUUCAUUAGAAACGGCGACAUUGACGGCGCGAUGAAGACACUAGCACUGCUUCAAAGACACACGGACGACAACAAGCAAAAGUCUGUGCAGCAGUUUUUUAGUUUCCUCAAGAACCGCCCGCAGCUACGAAAGGAUGAGCCUUUUACCAGCAGGCAGCCACCGGUCAGCUUCCCCGCGUUUGACACGAAGCUGCCGGUGAGUCUUCUCGCGCAGCUUCUAGACCUGGCGACCGAAUGCAAGCUGUUUGACCUGGGCCGAUGGCUGCUCUUUUCAGAAGACUUGGACGGCCCGCUGAUAAGCCCGGCGCUGUAUGGACACCGCAACAUAUCGGCAUCGAUUGUCCGGUUUGGCACUUUGGCCGGGGAAAAUGACGUGGUGCUCAAGGUCGUCAAAAAGGCCGCGGCAUGGAACGAAAAGCACCAGCAGCAGCGCAUGCCGGCCGAGAUUUUGAUUGCGCUGCUCUGCUGCCAGAUGAAGCUCCGGCGAUGGGAGGCGGUUGAGGGCAUGCAGAAAUAUGUUGAGGAGACGGCAACGUUUAGGCCGCGGCCGAUUAUCAUAUCAACGUUUGUGGCGGAGCUUCUUCGGACGUCGAGCGAGGCUGAAGAGUCGAGAGUGCAGGCCCAAGAGGCGUUUAGCGGGCUGCUGUUUGCGUGGGAACGCAUGCUUCUGCAGAACAUGCGCGAGGAGCUCAACAGCGCGCUGUGCAUCCUGUCGACGGUCGACGACGAGUGGAAGCAGUUUUGCUCGCGCUUCUUGGCGUUUUCGUGGCGCCAAGCCAUCAGUCUCUCUACAGACGACUUCAACCGGGUGCUGGGCGGUGUGCUCGACGGGUACGGCAGCGUCCGGGGCAGGGCAACGGUGGAACAGUGGUGCUAUCAAGGACCCAAGCAGUUUGAGCCAUACAGAGCGCCCGGGGGCCUGGCCAGGAUGGCCAAGUACCGUGUGACCAAAGGUGAGCAAUACGAGGAUCGUCCCGGCGAUAUUGAGCUUGUCCAGGCAUCUGGAGCGCGGGUGGUGCUGCAGGGACGGAUCCACGCCAACCGCCAGACGAUUUGGGCCAUUGUCCGAAAGGUGCAAGAGGAAGUGGUCAUCAAUCAAGGAGGUGGCGAAGCUCUGGCAGAGGCCGCGCGUACCGAGGUUGUUGAUACGGUGCGGUGGGCAGCGCGGGUGCUUUACUGCUUGGGGGUCGACUACGACGACAUUGUGGGCGAUCUAGGCAGUCUGGCGGAGCUGGCUGGGCUGGAGGGUCGGGCGGCACGUGAGAGGGAAUUGGAGGCAGAGGCAGCGUGGUAAUGGCAUGGCGGUGGUGGUGGUG